CAGCAUUCCCCAUGUUUAGAGGAAUGAACGUCCUUUUUGCUUGCUACAUAGCUUUUCUUUUACAGCUAUUAGUCUUCCAAACUUGCCAUUCUAGCAACAUCACAGAUCAUUGUGCUCCUUCUUCAUGCGGCAAUAUCCAAAACAUAAGCUACCCUUUCAGACUAAACACUGAUCCACAAAGCUGCGGAAACAAUAAUUAUACUCUGAUUUGCGAGAACAAUAUUUCUACAGUAUUAUAUUUGUAUUCAGGUAAAUACUACGUGCAGGCAAUCGACUACGGUAACUUCACAAUCCGAGUGGUAGAUGUUGGUGUACAAGAUAAUUGCUGCUCCAUCCCUCGUUAUUCUUUGGCACCUGAUAACUUCAGUGACGGAGAUCCAUACACAUGGUAUAACUACAAGGAGGUGCCGCCUCCGGGAGUGAGUGAAGGUUUCGUGUACUACUGGGGGCACUGGUACUUACCUCCACUAUCACAGCCUAUGAUUUUCAUGAGCUGUGAAAAUACGGUGAAUUCUCCUCUUUAUGUGGACACGGCUCCCUACGGCCUUAACGAUGGAUCAGUAAAUUAUUCCAACUCUUCUCUUGUGACUCAUUCGAAUUAUGUGACUCUUGGGGGCAUGAAUGCCUCGGAUUUGAUGGAACUGUGCAGCAUAGAGAAAAUAUUUUUGCUUCCAAAGAAGAACUACACAGACAAGUACUCCUUUGAAGAAAUACACAGUGACCUGGCAUAUGGGUUUGAGCUUUCAUGGUACAACAUAAAAUGUGAAAAAUGCAGCAGGGGUUGCUACCUCGACAGUGCAGACCGUCGUCGAUGCAUUGGUAGUUGGACAGAUUCAUUGGUCUUUUGCAAUUUCAGGAUUGACACAGUGAAACGUUUGUUUCGCAACAAAUUUCUAGUGGAGACAACAAAUAAGAUAACAAAACUUGAUUGUUUUCUGGAAAUUUCCUACACAGCACUACUUCAUGGGCUAAAAGUUGUUUGUGGGACUCCAUGUGUGAUUAUAUUUUUGAUCUACAAAUGGCGAAGGAGACAUUUAUCAGUAUACGAUACAGUUGAACAAUUCCUACAGAGUCAGAAUAACCUGAUGCCAGUAAGGUAUUCCUACUCAGAUAUCAGGAAGAUUACUAGAAGUUUCAAGGACAAAUUGGGUGAAGGAGGCUUUGGUACAGUUUACAAAGGAAAGCUUCGCAGUGGGCGUUUUGCAGCAGUAAAAUUGUUGGGAAAAUCGAAAGCUAAUGGACAGGAUUUCAUAAAUGAAGUUGCUACCAUAGGAAGGAUUCACCAUACUAAUGUGGUGCAGCUAAUCGGUUUUUGCGCCGAAGGAUCAAAACGUGCUCUUGUAUAUGAUUUCAUGUCUAAUGGAUCUCUUGAUAGACACUUGUUUUCUCGAGAAGGAUCAAUCUCUUUAAGCUGGCAAAAACUGCAUCAGAUUUCCCUUGGAGUGGCUCGUGGUAUCGACUAUCUUCAUUUAGGCUGUGACAUGCAAAUACUGCAUUUUGAUAUUAAGCCUCACAACAUUCUUCUCGACGAAAAUUUCACUCCAAAAGUUUCUGACUUCGGGCUCGCUAGGUUGUACCCAACGAAUGGCAGCAUAACAUCUCUUACUGCAGCAAGGGGCACAAUAGGAUACAUGGCUCCUGAAUUGUUCUACAAAAACAUUGGACGUGUCUCUUAUAAAGCUGAUGUUUAUAGCUUCGGAAUGCUGCUAUUGGAAAUGGCAGGCAAAAGGAAGAAUGUAAACGCAUUGGCAGAAAAUUCAAGUCAAAUCUACUGGCCAUAUUGGGUUCAUGACCAAGUAUCUGAUGGAAAGGCCAUAGAAAUCGGAGACGAUGCCACGGAGGAAGAACGUAAGAUCGUCAAGAAGAUGAUUAUGGUUGGAUUGUGGUGUAUACAAAUGAAACCCAUGGAUCGGCCUACAAUGAAGAAUGUUGUGGAGAUGCUUGAAGGAGAUUUGGAAAACUUGCAAUUGCCUCCUAAGCCUGUCUUCAAUCUAGAUGUGACGCCACCAAACAUUGAAGGAGAGUCAUCAUCGUUGUCAGGUGAUUCUACCGAAUCAACCAGUUUGGUUGAAAAUGCAUACUAAGUGAUAUGAUGUGGAAUGCUCUGCUUAAAUGCAGGGAAAAUGAUAGAAUAAUGGUGCUUUCGGACUUGGUUAUGAUGAUUUAGUCUGCAAACAUUAUGAUAAUUUGCAAUACUUGCUUUUAUCUGAUUUGUGUUUAGCUAAUUUAGAGUUCAAGCUGCGGCUUGUUUCUUCGGUGUGGUCUAUAUAAUCAUGAUACAAAGAUGUUCUGUAUUGUGUUUAACUAUCAGAUUUCCACUCUCUUUGGCAAUCAUAGCAGUUAGCGAGGAUGGUACAUCCUCCAUGAUAA